CUCGUGUUGGUGGCUGGUUGUUGGUGGCUGGUGGCUUGGUUUUGAGGGGUAGGAGGGUGCUUUUGUGUCAAGUGGCGAAUAGACGAGGAUGUUCCGGUGGUUGUCCAAACUGCCGGCAGCGUUUGGCAGCGCUCGGCAGCUGGUGGGGGCCGACGGCAAUGGCAACAAGUACUACAUUGUCAAACUUGCAGAGCGCACGACCCGAGUUGUUGAGACGCCGGGUCGUGAGGACGAUUACGACCCUGACGCCGUGCCUGCGGAAUGGUCUGCUUGGCUGUCGCAUCGCCGGGCAGAGCCACCCACCGAUGAAGAAAUUAAUCGCAACCGGAUGAUCACGGCGCGCACACUGCAGCGUGCCCAAGAGCUGGCAGACGCCGAGGAAAAGCGCCGAUUGGCGGCGGGACCCAGUGUUCGCGUCGAAGCCACGGGUCAUGCCGCACAACCGUCAAGCAAACGCCCAGUUCCGCCCAAGCAGAGCCCUUUCUCAGAGAGUGGCGACUAUCAACCAGCCGGUUGGAAACCCGGCGACUCGUAGCGAAUUGGUCGUUGCGAUACCCAAUCUGUUAGAAACACGAAAAGAGAAAAAGAGUACAAUUGCUGCACCAACUACAGCCAGACGACCACCAUGUAUAGCAACACC